UGUCCAGAUUCGCCCAUGCGCAGUGAAUGCAACUGGUCCCAGUGUUUGCUGGAGGCAGAACCACAGAGGAACACAGUGAGUUGUCUGAGACAGUUCGAGCUGAGGGAGACGACGCGUGCAACAAGUAUCAUGGCUAAAAUGUUUUGUGGAGUCCUGGUCCUUGCAGUGAUUCUCAGUGGUCUGGAGGCAGCAAGACCAGCUGUCAAUCAGGAGCUAACCACCCUUUUCAAUGAGCUGUGGAGGUUGGAUGUGAAUCGGUUGACGCCUGGGAUAGACUACACCGUAUCUGUCCAGGGCAGAGCCAAUUAUGUGAGCCCGGGCACCCACGUUGUUCAGGACCGUGCCUCCCAGCCCUUGUUCUCCAACGUAGAUGAGAUCAAAUUGAAUAACAUCACCACCACCUCCCGGCUCAUGACUCUGCUGGACAACUACGAGCGGUCCACAGGCGUGGCCGAGCGAGUCACAGCAGAAGAGCAGCGUGAGACUGAUCUCUUCCUGGAUGCCGUCUUACAGACAGAAGUCAUGAAGCGAGCUCAUCAGUACCUGGUGAGUAAAGGACAGUCCAGGUCUAACUUGAGGCAGUUUAAGGAUCAACUGAAAUUGAUCUGGUUCAACCUUUACCACAGACAGAGAAACGCAGGCAUGGACUCCUGUGGAUUCGAGCAUGUGUUUGUUGGAGAAACUAAAUUUGGAACAGACAUCAUUGGGUUCCACAACUGGAUCCAGUUCUACCUGCAAGAAAAGAACAGCAACUUGGACUACAAAGGAUACAAAGCCAGCGCCCGUGACUUACCCGAUCAAGACGACCAUGUCCUCAACCUCCAGUUCAGCUGGCACAGCUUGGUGAAGCCUGUUGGCAGCGCCUUCAUCGGGACAAGCCCUGAGUUUGAGAUGGCCAUCUUCACCGUCGUCUUCCUCAUGAGCACGGAGAGGAGCACCAAGGUGCUGGUCACCAUCGACCAGUGUCAGUUGGAGCUGGUGGUCUACAGACGAGGACGCUCCCUCGACACAGCGUACCCCAAACUGCUCAGCAGCAACAACAGACAUGUGCAGCAGCACUCACACUGAAGGAACGUCUGAAAACCACCUGCAUUUAAUGGUGUCCAGCAUCUAAAGUCUACAUGUACAGGAUCCCUGUAUCCCAAUAACUGUUAGUUUAAGAUGAUAAUACACAAAUAAAAACAUAAUCAUGAAAAUUAUACUUUUUAUUCUACACACGGCUACUUUAAAUCACUUCUUUGCAACCAUGUAGUUGAUGUAAUCAGUUAAACCUUGAAAAAUACUUUCACCUUCCAAAAACCUACAUUACCAGUGUUGACGUUUUUGUUGUUGUUGUUGUUGCACAUGCUGGCAGUAAUAAAACAUACAUUGGUAUUA